AUGUCGGCAACAUCAGACGCUGUCAAGCGCGAAGCCGAUGCGCAGUCAUCGCCCUCGCGCGAUAAGCCCUCGACUUCGAUCCCGACCAAGGCAGAGGACUCUGAGCAACCCAAGCUCAGCCGUUCUCGACGCGACUCCUCUCCGCUGUCCGACGUAUCUCAGAAGGGGGAUGUUCGUUCCGCCAAAGAAGAUUCAGCCGACGAUAUGGACGAGGACCAAGAAGAUGAUGAUGACGAAGACGACGAUGAUGAUGAUGACCACAGCAGGGCAGACAACUCCAAGCCUAGUCACCAGCAGCUCGAACGCGUCCGAGCACUUUCGCCAACCUCGUCAAGGAACAGCUCUCCCUCCCGGUCCUCGGUCAAGCCAGACCGCAAGCACCUCCUCGAAGCCGAGAGCGAUCCAGACCUCUAUGGUCUCCGAAGAUCCGGCCGUGCCAGCAGAAAGUCCUACACCGAUCCCAACGAGGAAGGCGCCGACUCCGACGACGCCGAUGCUUCCGUCUCCUCCAGACGUCGUCAUCUCGUCAAAGGCGGUCGCGCCUCGAUUCGUAGCUCGGUGCAGGCCAGCGAUGACGACGGUGCCGACGACGACGAUGACGAAGAUGAGGACGAUGGCGAUGAGGACGACGAGUUUGGCCCUGCCAAGUCCAAGAAGAAGCGCAAGCAAAUCCGCUCAGCUGCUGCUCGGCUCUCCUCUGCCGACCUUGAGGCCUCUCGCGUCUCGAGCAGGAACGGCAGGCGCAUCCCCAACUACACGGACGACUAUGCUGAUCUCGGCGACGACGACCCUUUCGAAGACGAGGCCGACGAGCAGGCACAGAGACAGGCCGAGCAAGCUGGUGACAUCGAGGAGGAGGAUGUCAUCGAAGGUAUCGUAGGCCACGAACGACACGAAGAUCGUCUCGCCGACAAAGAGGACAUCCCCACCCAAAAUCUGCGCUUCAUCGUCAAGUGGAAAGGCUACUCUCAUCUCCACGACACGCACGAGACCUAUGACUUUCUCAAGCGCUACAAGGGCUUCAAGCGAGUCGACAACUACAUCAAGUCCGUCUUCCUUCGCGAGAAGGCCCUCCUAGCUGACCCGAGCGUCUCUCGCGAGGACAUUGAAGCGCUUCAGAUCGAAAAGGAGAGGCAAGUCGAGCUCAUCGAGAGCUUCAAGACCGUGGAGCGCAUCAUCGCGCAGCGCGACAACGAAGCCAACAAGGAGAUCGCGUAUCCGCAUCUUGCCUUCCUCGUCAAGUGGAAGGGCCUGCCGUACAGCGAUUGCACCUGGGAAGCAGAGGAAGAGAUCAAGGAGAUCGCUCAGGACGCCAUCGCCGCCUACCUCAAGCGCUCUGCCUCCAACACCGUCCCUUGGCGCUCGCAGAACUUCUCGCAGGGACGUCCCAAGUACACGCGCAUGACCGAGCAGCCUGCCUUCAUCAGCGCAGGAACUCUCAAGGAUUUCCAGAUGACCGGUCUCAACUGGCUCGCCUAUCUCUGGAGCAAGAACGAAAACGGCAUCCUCGCCGACGAGAUGGGUCUGGGCAAGACGGUUCAGACCGUGUCGUUCCUCUCGUACCUCUUCCACUCAUGCUAUCAAUACGGACCCUUCCUGGUCGUCGUGCCGCUGUCGACGCUGCCGGCCUGGAUGAACCAGUUCGAGCACUGGGCACCCGACCUCAACGUCAUCGCCUACAUGGGCAACAGUGCCAGCCGAGACAUGAUCCGCGAGUACGAGUUUGGCCCUCCCAAGAAAAUGAAGUUCAACGUUCUGGUCACCACCUACGAGUUUAUUCUCAAGGACCGUGCCGAGCUCGGCGGCAUCAAGUGGCAGUACUUGGCCGUCGAUGAAGCUCAUCGACUCAAGAACUCGGAAGCACAGCUCUACGAGGCGCUCAACAGCUUCCAUGCUGCUGGCAAGCUGCUCAUCACCGGCACGCCGCUCCAGAACAAUGUCAAGGAACUCAUCGCCCUGCUGCAUUUCCUCCGACCCGAUCAAUUCGACCUUGAUGUCGACUUUGACAUCAACGACGUGGACCAGACCGUCAUCAAGGAGUUGCACGAGAAGCUCGACAACGUCAUGCUCAGGCGUCUCAAGAAGGAUGUCGUCAAGGAGCUCCCCACCAAAUCCGAAAAGAUUCUUCGAGUCGAAAUGUCGGCCAUGCAGCAGAGAAUGUACAAGGCCAUCCUCACGCGCAACUACUCGCUGCUCAGCGGCGCAAGUACAGCCCAGUUCUCGCUCCUCAACAUCGCAGUCGAGCUCAAGAAGGCGUCGAAUCACCCGUACCUCUUUGACGGGACCGAAGCCAUCUCGGAUAGUCGCGAAGAGACGCUGAAGGGACUCGUCAUGCACAGCGGCAAGAUGGUCCUGCUCGACAAGCUCUUGGCACGACUCAAGGCCGACGGACACCGUGUGCUCAUCUUCAGUCAGAUGGUCCGAAUGCUCGACAUCCUGUCCGACUAUAUGUCCCUUCGCGGCUACAUUCAUCAGCGCCUCGACGGCACCGUCUCGUCCGACAUCAGGAAGAAGGCCAUCGAGCACUUCAACGCCGAGGGCUCGCCCGACUUUGCCUUCCUGCUCUCGACCCGUGCCGGUGGUCUGGGCAUCAACCUCGAGACUGCCGACACGGUCAUCAUCUUUGACAGCGACUGGAACCCGCAGAACGACCUGCAGGCCAUGGCGCGAGCUCAUCGACUCAACUCCAAGUUCCACGUCAGCGUCUUCCGCCUGCUCACCAAGGACACGGUCGAAGAAGACGUGCUGGAGCGUGCCAAGCGCAAGAUGGUGCUCGAGUACGCCAUCAUCCACCAGAUGGACACCUCUGGAACCAACUUUGCGCCCAAAGGCUCCGCAAAGAACUCGCAGCAGUUUAGCAAGGAGGAGCUCGGAGCCAUUCUCAAGUUCGGCGCGCAAAACAUGUUCAAGAGCGAGAACGAGGACGGUCAGCAGAAGAAGCUCGACGAGAUGGAUCUGGACGACAUCCUCUCCCACGCCGAGGCUCACGAGACGGAGGUGGAUCCUACGGGCAGUUCCGCCGGUGGUCAGGAAUUCCUCAAAUCGUUCGCUCAGGUGCAAGACUUCAAAGCGGAUGUGAGCUGGGACGACAUCAUUCCGCUGGAGGAGCGCCAGAAAGUGGAAGAGGAGGAGCGCAAAAAGGCGGUCGAGGAGGCUGCCGCAGCUGCCAGCUCUUCGCGAAGGCGCGCUGCUGCUCAAGUGGCCCCUGGUGCCUACGACAACGGCGAAGGCGACGAUCGAGCCACGUCUCCUGGUGCCUCCAAAGAUGCCGCCAAGCGUUCGCGAAAGACAGCAGCACAGCGCUCUGUCGAGAUGAAGGAGCGCGACCUGCGUGUGCUCAUCCGCGGCAUCCAGCGAUGGGGUGACAUUCGAUACAAGGGGGAGCCCAUCAUCAAGGAGGGCAAGCUGCAGGACAAGAACCGACAGGUCCUUUAUCAGAUCUCGGACGAGCUGGUCAAGACGUGCGAAGAUGCCGUCGCCGAGCACCAGGCCUUCAUGAAGGGCAAGCAGGAGCGAGGCGAAGAGAUCUCGUCUGCGCUCCGACAAAAGGCGGUCCUGGUGUCGUGCCGCGGUAUCACAGGUAUCAACGCCGAGACGGUGCUCAUUCGACACUACGACUUGCGUCUGCUUUCCGAGACGCUGGACAACGCUGAGGAGCCGCUGGACUGGCGUGUCCCAUCCGAGCAUCUCAAGGCCACGCUCAACUGGGCCGGUGGCUGGGAUGCUAAGGACGACGCCAUGCUUUUGGUCGGUAUCUGGAGGUACGGCUUCGGUGCCUGGGAGCAGAUCGAGACGGACCCGGAUCUCGGCAUGGAAGGCAAGUUCUUCCUGGAAGAGGGCAAGAAAGCCAACCAAGAGCCGCACGCAGCCGAGAAGGACGCCCCUCGAAGCGGCACUUCGGGUCCACCUCAAGGCAAGCCCCGACCUAUCCCCAACGCGAUCCACCUCGUUCGUCGAGGUGACUACCUGCUCAAGGUGUUGCGCGAGUACGACGACAAUGCAAAGGCGUAUCAGAAGAGUCUUGCGGAAGGAGGACCAAAGAGCAGCAAGAAGGCGCGAAAGAGCACCUCGCCGACCAACUCGCCUGCUCCUGCGGGCAAAGCGGGACGAGCGAGCGGAGGUGGUGCUGCGUCGGACAAGAAGCGACCUGCUCCCGUCUACUCGUCGGACUCGGACGACGAGGAAUACGCGAGCAUGGACGAAGCCGAGUGCAAGGAGCUGAUGCGACCGUGCAAGAAGCAGCUCAAGCGUUUGCGUGACGGCACGGAUCACCUCGAACGCGAUCAAAAGGUGACGGUGCUCAAAGAAUGCCUGUCGGCGAUCGGUGGUCACAUUGACCAUCUGCUAGAGAGCAAGUUUGCGAGCUUGUCGGCCAAGGAGAAGAAUCGAUGGUUCCAUCACUUGUGGGCAUUCAGUGCAUUCUUCUGGCCGAAGAAGGUCAAGCCUUCGAAGCUGCGGGCCAUCUUCAACAAGCUCGUCAUGAACGGACCUGCAGCAUCGACGCCCACACCAGCGCCGACGACCGGAACACCAGCAGCACCGACAAAGGCAUCGACACCAGCAGGGGGAGCCACGGGUGGCGGAGCAGCAUCGCCCGCACCCAGCGCGCGAGUCAAGUCGGAAUCGGUUGCAGCCGAAGGAACGGGCGAGAACGGAUCGGCUCACCACCCCGCUGCUUCGAGCGAUGUCAAGCGAAAAGCCAACCCGCUGCAGGAUGCACCGAUCCCCAAGAAGCCACGCACGUCGAUGGAGCCAUCGUCUAGUGGCGGUGGUCGCGGUGGCUACGGCAACGGAUACAGCGGCUCGCCCAGCGGCGCCAACCUGCCUUACCCUCCCUCGUACUACCCGCCGCCACCACCGCAGCAAUCAGGCGGUUAUGGUGCUGGUGCUGGUGCAGGUGGACACGGACACGGCAGCCACCACGCUCCUCCGCCGCCACCGCCUGCGCACCACUACGGAGGUGGACGCGAGCCUUACCCGCCCGGCUACGGUGAUCGUCGCGAUUCGCCAUACCGCGAGGGACGAGACCGUGAAUAUCGGGAUGGCAGGUACGCCUACCCGCCACCUCCGCCUCCGCCCGGUGGAGCUGGCUACGGAGGAUACCAGUCGUACCCACCGCCUCCUCCCCCUCCGUCGUCGCAUGGAUACGACUACCGUCGUUGA